AAAUACAAUACAUCUCUAAAAAUUCAAAAAUUAAGUAAAUAAAUUAUAGCCAUAGGUACAGAAUUAUGGCGCCCUUCAAGUAAUUUAUUCAUAUGAUGCAUGUUCUCAAGAAAUUGUUGUUGCAGGCACCAUGUUCCCGCAAUAUGUGUACUAUUACAACACCACACUUGAACUACAUGAUUAAUCCUCACAUUGAUAACAACAACGUAAAACAAGCUCACAAAUUGUUAGAUGAGAACCCUUUAUCCUGCAACAUUGUUUCAUGGAACAUGAUUAUGACUGCUUACGUGCAACACAAUCAAAUCGGACUCGCUCAUAACCUGUUCGAUAAAAUGCCCCACAAAGACGCAGUUUCAUGGAACAUCAUGCUAUCUGGUUUUCAUAGAACCAGAAACUCGGAGGGACUGUACAACUGUUUCUUGCAAAUGGGAAGAGCUGGUGUAGUGCCCAAUGACUAUACUGUCUCUACAUUGCUAAGAGCGGUUGGUAGUACUGAGUUGGAUGUUUUGGUCAAUCAAGUUCAUGCUAUUGCGUUCCAUUUAGGACUUAACUUAAAUGUAUUUGUUGGGUCUUCUUUGAUUAGAGCUUAUGCGAGUUUGAGAGAGGAAGAUGCUUUGAGGAAAGCGUUUGAUGAUAUAUUGAUGAAAGAUGUUACAUCUUGGAAUGCUUUGGUUUCUAGUUAUAUGGAAUUGGGAAGAACGGUUGAUGCUCAGACAACGUUUGAUCUAAUGCCUCGAAGAAAUGUAAUUUCUUGGACUACUUUGGUUAAUGGUUAUGUCAAGAACAAGAGAGUUAAUAAAGCUCGGUCUGUUUUUGACGAAAUAAACGAGAGAAAUGUGGUUUCUUGGACGGUAAUGAUAAGUGGGUAUGUGCAAAACAAGAGAUUUAUGGAUGCAUUGAAGCUUUUUGUUCUUAUGUUUAAGACUGAAACUCGUCCCAAUCAUUUCACAUUUUCAAGUGUAUUGGAUGCGUGUGCGGGUUCUUCGUCUCUUCUGAUGGGGCUGCAGGUUCACCUGUGUAUCAUCAAGUCUGGGAUACGAAAUGAUGUUAUUUGGUUGACCUCGCUGGUUGAUAUGUAUGCAAAAUGUGGAGAUAUGGAUGCAGCGUUUUGUGUUUUUGAGUCUAUUACGGAUAAGAAUUUGGUAUCUUGGAAUGCGAUAAUUGGAGGUUAUGCAAGCCAUGGGCUAGCUGCUCGAGCACUGGAGGAGUUUGAUAGGAUGAAAAUUGUUGGCGUAACGCCUGAUGAAGUUACAUUUGUGAAUGUGUUGUCAGCGUGUGUGCAUGCUGGUUUUGUUGAAGAGGGCAAAAAGCACUUCACUGAUAUGCUGACCAAGUAUGGAAUGCAAGCAGAGAUGGAGCAUUAUAGUUGCAUGGUGGAUUUAUAUGGAAGAGCAGGGAAAUUUGAUGAAGCAGAAAAAUUAAUCAAGAAUAUGCCAUUUGAGCCUGAUGUGGUGUUGUGGGGUGCUUUACUUGCAGCUUGUGGUCUGCAUUCAAAUUUGGAACUUGGACAGUAUGCGGCUGAGAGGAUUCGCAGAUUGGAAAGCAAUCAUCCUGUUUCUUACUCGAUGCUUACAAAAAUCCAAGGUGAGAAAGGAAUGUGGAGCAAUGUGAAUGAUUUGAGGGACAGAAUGAAGGAGAAAGGAAUAAAAAAGCAGAAUGCAAUUAGUUGGGUUGAGUGAUCUCCCUCUGUGCCUCGUGUGAUAAAAACUGUGCAAUUCAAACAAUUGUAGAGGUUAAUCUGAAAGCUCCUGCAUGGGAAUGAUUAUAUUGAAGCCUAUAAGUGUAAGCCAAUUGGAAACCCCGUGUAUAUGCAAUUACUAACAAAGCCAUAGAAGAAAUGAUACAGGCAGUUGUAACUUGUGCAAGUAUACUGGCCACAACUCAAUGUUUGUGUUUGCAAGUUUAAUGAAUGCCUUGUUACAAGUCACCCAUUGGAGGCACCUCAGCUGGCCCAACAGCAAACCCAACCGUUACUGUGUUUGAUCCAGGAAAGAGUAGUAGGUGCAAGAGAAACAGCACUCAACCAAAGAGAUUGUCUGAUUACUAUGUCAGCAAUAAGUAGCUUGAAUUUAACAUAAUCUAGAAGAAGUAUGACCCAGCUAGUUUGUUAUGAAUUCUGUUGAACAUUUAUUCAACACAUAUUCUGGUGUAAGGCUAGCUGCUAUAUAUGCCUUGUAUCGUGACUACAUGAAUAUCGAUGAGAACUUAGUCUCUCGUCUUCUUCAUCUAAUUUCUCAGAAGGCCCUCUAUCCUUGAAUUUAGAGUUCCCUUAACAAGUUUGGUAUAGAAGUCUCCCAUAUUGGGGCCAUGAUAAGUUUUCUCAAGAUUUUGAACAGAAAUUUGUUCGACACAUUACUUAGGAACUCAUGAUAAGUUUCCCUCGAUUUUGAAGGAUAAAGUGAAAAUCGUAUCAUAUACACAAUGCGAAAUUCUCCUGCACAUUCUCCACCUUGCAAACAAGUAGUCUUGCAUUUAACAUUAGUAAGUCUGUUGUUUUUCUGAUAAUUUUUAGUAUUCCUUCUGUAAUAAAGAAAAUUUGUGAGGACUAAUUUUUUUACUAUUCUUGUGACAAACUUUCUACCUUUCUAUUUGAAAGGCCAGACUUUGCAGAUGCAAUUUAGGUAGAUUAACUGUUAGGUCUAAGUUCUCUAACUAUCCAUUUCAGAUGAACAUGCCGCAGGAGUUCUUUGAUUGGCUUCGGAAUUGAUUUUGUUGUUAUUUUAGCAUACAUUCUGUCUUGUAGACCUUACUGGUGCCUUUUAUGAACCUUAACAAUUUGUUUCAUCUUUUAGAAGUUGCAGAAUAAGGAUUUCUCUUUGGUAUUUUUUCUACUUUUCUUUAUACAUUGUAAUUGCAAUGGUCAUCCCCUUAUCCAGGCCAUG